UGCUUUGGUAGGAUUAUCUAGGCCUGAACAAACCUCUCCCCUACCUGCAGCAUGGACGUCUCUCUACUCCUCAAUGUGGAGGGUGUCAAGAAGACCAUUAUGCAUGGGGGGACGGGAGAGCUCCCCAGCUUCAUCACUGGCUCUCGAGUGACCUUUCAUUUCCGCACAAUGAAGUGUGAUGACGAGCGCACGGUGAUCGAUGACAGCAAGCAGGUGGGCCAGCCCAUGAGCAUCGUCAUCGGCAACAUGUUCAAGCUGGAGGUGUGGGAGACGCUGCUGACCUCCAUGCGGCUGGGCGAGGUGGCUGAGUUCUGGUGCGACACCAUUCACACAGGGGUCUACCCUAUGUUGUCCCGCAGUCUGCGGCAGGUGGCUGAGGGCAAGGACCCCACAAGCUGGCAUGUGCACACGUGCGGGUUGGCUAACAUGUUUGCAUACCACACGCUGGGCUACGAGGACCUGGAUGAGCUGCAGAAAGAGCCACAGCCUCUUGUCUUCCUGAUUGAGCUGUUGCAGGUGGAGGCCCCAAAUGAGUACCAGAGGGAGACGUGGAACCUGAAUAAUGAAGAGAGGAUGCAGGCGGUACCUCUUCUUCAUGGAGAAGGCAACAGGCUCUACAAGCUGGGCCGCUAUGAUCAGGCCGCCACCAAGUACCAGGAGGCCAUUGUGUGCCUGAGGAACCUUCAGACCAAGGAGAAGCCCUGGGAGGUUGAGUGGCUGAAGCUGGAGAAGAUGAUCAACACUCUGAUCCUCAACUACUGCCAGUGCCUGCUGAAGAAGGAGGAGUACUACGAGGUGUUGGAGCACACCAGCGACAUUCUACGACACCACCCAGGGAUCGUGAAGGCCUACUAUAUGCGCGCACGUGCUCACGCGGAGGUGUGGAACGCUGAGGAGGCCAAGGCGGACCUGGAGAAAGUGCUUGAGUUGGAGCCAUCCAUGCGCAAGGCGGUGCUCAGGGAACUGCGGCUGCUGGAGAGCCGCCUGGCGGACAAGCAGGAGGAGGAGCGGCAGCGCUGCCGGAGCAUGCUGGGCUAGGCUGGGCUGGAUUCCACUGAGUUAGACUGGGUUAGGUUGGGUGGGAGCUGCGGGUUGAAGCCCUGGGGCGAAGGCUGGGGCUAUGGACUGGGUAUCUGUAGCCACGCUGCUCCUCUUGCUGCAGGGUGCCCCAGGGGAGGUGUUCUUGGCUACCAGGAGGCUACCAGUGACUUCUCUGCGUUCCCACAGCCUGUGCCCGUGCAGCAAGCAUAGAUUGGGCAUCCUUGGUUCAAUUAACCAGGACUUUGAUGUCACUUUUAAGCACAUAUCUGUAUUAAAUCACAUUAAGACUAAUGUCUUAGGGCUGGGGAUAUAGUUCAGUGGUAGAGAGCUUGUUUAGCAAACCUGGAGCCCUGGGGUUGAUUUCUGACACAUAAAUAAAUGCAUCUUGUGAGUUCAAAGUCAUAGAUGCCCAUGGAAAAUCAAAGCCCCUCCCCCAAACCUCAAAACAAAGGGCACAGGACAACUACCAUUCCUUAGCUCAGUUGUAAUAAACAAACUUU